CUUACAACAUAACUGAAGCGACUUAAAUAAUAACAUGGUAUUGUAAGGUCAAAAUAAUUUGUGAGCUAAUUCUCUGUUCCUAACACUUCUAAAAUGGUGACUAUUUCAAGAAAACUGGCCCUGUCAUGUCAUGUCUACUUAUGAAAAGGUUUGAAAGGGAAGUGCUUUAGAUAUUAAUGCUUGCAGCGCUUAUUUCUGACAUUUUGUUGUUACUGUGUUAUGCUAAAAAUCCUUUUAUGUCCAUAAUCUGUUAAUGCUUGACAUAAAUAUUACUCUGUGGUGAAAGAUAACUACAGCUUACAAGUGUAAAUUCAGGCAUAGGACAAUCAAAGGCUACACUCGACUUAAAGCAGCAGCACAAACAAACAAGAUGUCACUCCCGACAGAGAAGACAGACAAUCCUAAAGACACACCAUUCAGGUCCAGCUCACGUGAAAGAAAGCUAACAGAGAAAGGCCAAGAGAUGCAUGACCAAGACACCAAAAAACGUGAGAAAGCAUUUAACAAGACCUAUGACUCUUGGAAGCAGGUAGCAAGGAAGACUAGGACAAAACUAAAAACCCUCUGUUCAUCGGAAGACCUUAAUGAAUUACAGCAAGACAUUCAAGCAAAGCAUGAUGACGUAGGCCAGCAGUAUGAACCUAUCCUACAUAACAGUAACACCACACCAGAGAUUGUAAAAAAAAUGGAUGCCUGUGUUACGCUAACAAAGGAAAUUUGUGACCUCAUAUGUAACCGUCUAGAGACUAUUAAUCAAGAUUAUAAUGACCAACUUGAGAAGGAAAGGGUAAGAGAAACAUUAAACAAAGAUGAAUAUGGAUCUGUCUUUGGCCACACCAAAACUGAAACAGUAAGCUCAUCAGAGUCACCGGAAAGAUUGAGCAACCACUCUAGUACCCACAGCAGUAGAGUAGAUGCACAAGCAGAGCUUGCAGCUAAGCUGGAACAUUCAAAGGCCAUGAAAGAAAUCCAAGCACAGCAAGCACAUCUUCACAAGUUAGAGGGUGAAUGGAAACUUAAAGAGGCAAAAAUGUUGUCAGAAAUGAAACAAAAGGAGGUGGAAAUGCAACAACAGUUGGAACAAGAGAGAGCAAAAUUGCUGCAGUUACAAGCAGCAAAAGACGUUGCUAUAGCAGCAGCUCGUGUGAGAGCAUAUGACGAUUUUGAAGGUUUUGAGAACCAUGAUGAGGAGAUUAAUGACAAAAAUAACUCUUCUUGCUACGGAAUGGAAACUAAACCUCGAUUAAACCCCAAUGCUGCAUCAUUCCAACCACACCAAGCUGCUCCUGAAGUGACAAUGACUCAAGAGUCUGUCAGUCUAGCACAAGCAAUUGCCAGCUCAUUAAGCAUGAACCGCUUGCCUGUCCCUGAACCAACCACGUUCAGUGGUGACCCUUUAAUGUAUACAGAUUGGAAGAUGUCAUUCAUAGCUCUUAUUGACAGAAAACCCCUCCCACCAAGUGAGAAGAUGUUUUAUCUCAAAAAUUAUCUUGCGGGAGAGGCACGCAAGGCUGUAGAAGGUUUCUUUUAUCGAGAUUCAGAGAACGCAUACAAUGGAGCAUGGAAAGUCUUACAGGACAGAUAUGGGAACCCGUUCAUCAUACAAAAGGCUUUCCGAGAUAAGCUCAUGAGAUGGCCAAAGAUCAACACAAACGACCCACUAGCACUACAAGAGUUCGCUGACUUCCUCCAAGGCUGCACUGAGGCGAUCCCACACGUCAAAGGACUAGCUAUCCUUAACGAUUGUGAGGAAAACCACAAGUUGCUCAAAAAACUACCAGAAUGGAUUGUGCGCAAGUGGAGUCGAAUUGUUAUAGAGGAACUUGACACAUCUGGAAGCUAUCCAGAUCUUGCAUGCUUCACAAAGUUCCUGAGCAAAGAGGCACGGAUAGCUUGUAAUCCUAUUGCUUCUCCAUUGUUGCUAAAUUACAAGGCCACAGAUGAAAGAUCACCAAAGAGAGCCAAAGCUCUCAACACAAAUACACAAACAAAGACUUUUGCUCAGGAGAAACAAGAAACAAACGGCAGUAAUCUAAAAUCAUCUUGCUCCGUCUGUAAAAGUGAAGCUCAUAACAUCAAGUGCCCCACCUUCACAGCGAAGAGUGGUGAAGACAAAAAGGCAUUCAUCCAUGAAAAUCGGCUCUGCUUUGGGUGCUUGAGAAAGGGUCACAUGACCAAAGAUUGUAAGAGGCGACACACAUGCAACAUAUGCAGCCGUCGUCAUCCAACCUGCUUGCACGAAGACAGGAAACAAAGACCUGUGGAAGCAACAACGAAUACUUCCACUUCCA